AUGAUUCAAUGUCUACGCAUUUAUAUAUUCACUGUCUUCUUUUGGACAUUGACAUCAGCAUUGGCAUCGUGGAAGAGAAAUAGUAUAAGUGUGCAAGAUGGUGGAUAUAAUGGCCUAUUAAUUGCAAUUAGCAAAGAAGAAAAAGAAGACGCUGCCCUGAUUAGAAAUAUUAAGGAAAUAUUCACUGAAGGCUCUUCAUUUCUCUUUGAAGCUACUAACCAUAGAGUGUACUGGAAGACAAUCACAAUACUUGUACCCAAUUCUUGGACCGAUCUCGCUGAGUAUAAACCAGCAAAAACAGAAACAUUUGACAGAGCAAAUAUACGCAUAGAUUGUGGAACAUCAAAGGGCCCGUAUACACAUGUUAUUGAAGGAUGUGGUAAACAGGGGCAGUACAUCAACUUAACACCACACUCUACCAUUGACACUGGAAGUCAUGUUGGCAUUGUCGAGUUUUCCACGUUUGGCACAGAGCUUGCUCCUCUCACACUUGUGUCUGAUGACAGCUCCCGAGAUAAACUUAUUGCAGCUCUACCUUCAUCAGUAAGCGGUAAUUUCAAAUUCUUGCAGGGUGUUCCCUUAAAGAAACUUCGUCAAGGAACUAUGCGGUACCUCAGCUCUACCAUUGACACUGGAAGUUAUGUUGGCAUUGUCGAGUUUUCCACGUUUGGCACAGAGCUAGCUCCACUCACACUUGUGUCUGAUGACAGCUCCCGAGAUAAACUUAUUGCAGCUCUACCUUCAUCAGUAAGCGGUAGGACAAGCAUUGGGUCAGGUGUUCUAAAAGGAAUAGAGGUUCUAUCUUCAGAUCAGUCGCCGAAUGGUGGGUAUCUACUUGUCAUAAGUGAUGGCAAAAACAAUGAAUGGCCAGACAUUAAUAUCGUUCUAGAUGACGUAAUAAAUUCUGGCAUUACCGUUGAUACCAUAGCAUUCACUGACAACGCAGACAACGCGUUAUCGGAUUUGUCCAGCGUAUCUGGAGGAAGUGCUUAUUUUUAUUCAAGCGCAUCCGAAAGUAUUACAGGCCUUAUUGAUUCACUAGCAGCAACGAUAUCCGACCGUUCGGAUGUAACCAACGAAUCGUUAGCGAUCCUGUAUUGUAUGAAGGUUUGCAUUUCGAAGCAACAUAGGCACUUUACGCAAGAAGAUUUGGAGCCGUCGACAACGGAAAUUCGGGUUAAGCACCCAAAAGAGGAGAUUAUUCAAAAACCAGUUGACAUGUUUGAACGUUCAGCGUCAGGGGGCGCUGUGCAAGUUGCAAACUACAUUGGAGUAACAAAAGAUCGUAUGCGCCCAUCACGGAUUGUGGACCUUACUGUUACCAAAGUGUCUUAUCAAAACCAAAGUGUGAUUUUACAAUGGACGGCAGUUGGUGAUGAUCUUGACAAAGGCACAGUAUAUGAAUAUGAUCUGCGGUUUUCCUCAACGUUUCAAGACAUCUUGAGAAACUUUACUAACUCAACCAAAGUGACACCUGAAGACGUCAUUAAUGGGAAUUUGUUGACAAUAAAACAACCUGGUCAACUAGAAGAAUUUUCAGUUCGACUACCGAAACGCGGAGAGAAUGUUUCCUAUUUCUUUGCUCUUAUUGCAAUCGACGAGGCUAACAAUACCGGUGGGGUAUCGAACAUCGUUUCUGCGAAUCUAGCAUAUAUACCACCAUUUAACAUAGACCCUGAGCAACCACGAAAUAUUCUGGUGUGGACUUUGCUGGCAGUCAGUGGUGUUGGUGCCGUGGUGUUUGUGUUGUUAUACAUAUAUGGAAUACGUUCUAGACAUGGCUUCAAUCCUAUUUUUUUGUUUGAAGAAAAAACGUGUUGUUAGUCAGUCUAAAUCUAUCCUCACCAAAAAUACACUGCAUGAUUAAAAGACAAGCAUACAUGCAUGCAUACAAGCACGCUUGCUUGUGUAUGAAAGAUAUAAACAUGGGCAUAAAGAAGACAAACCUAACCUGUAUGACAUAAUAUUUUUUACUCUUUAUCGCCUUUCGCGAUAAUCGAGCUGGUUUCAUCUUUAUCAUUACCAUUAAUGUAUAGUGAUCAUCAAUUUCAUUAUCAUCGUUAGUAGUUUUGGUUUCAUAAAUCUCAUCAUCGUCAUUAUUUUAUUAUCACCAUCAUUAGUUUCAUUAAUAUGAUCACUAUUGUCAUUAUUAAUUAGUUUAAUUAUUCCAUCAUUAUUAGUUUUAGCAAAGAUUGAAAUAUGUUAAAUAGACACAAUGUAAACAUAGGCCUAGGUGUAGAGUCCAGUUAGAAAACGUAUAUAUAUUUAUAUUAUAUUCAUUAUGCAUGUUAUUUAGUAAAAUAA